AUUUAUUGUCGACCAGCAAGUGAUUAAUCAUGACAUUAUUGUUUUGCUAACUUAAAUAACUAAAGCAAUAAUAUUUGUUACUAAAACAGUGGAUUAAAUAUGAUGGGAAAAUCAACAAUAUUCAUAUUUUUAGUUACAAUUGCGUACUCUAUAUUAAUAACUAAUUGUAAUAAAGAUAUUAAAAAUUCCAAAUUUAAUCCCUUGGUAAAGAAGAAUAAACUGUUUGAUAAAAUAUUUGAAAGACAAAAGCGAGAUGGAUCUGUUGUACUUGAGAAUGCAACAACUCAAGACGUUUCAUAUAACAAUACCAGUACACUAACGCCUGAGAUUACAACUGAAGAAAAUAAAGGAUUGCCACGGGAGCCCAAAAAAGAAGCGGAAAAGGAACAUCAAUACAGUUUUUCCAUAUUUUUUAUUCUUCUUGUGAUAGCCGGUAGUAUUCUUCUAGUUCAUUUGCUCAUUCAAACAAAAUUCCACUACCUGCCUGAGAGUGUUGCUGUUGUUUUACUUGGUGCCCUUCUCGGCCUCAUAUUGCAGCUUUUGGCUAAAUAUAAGCUGGGCAAUUGGCAAACUGAAGAGCAUUUUCCUCCAACUAUGUUUUUCUUGAUUCUAUUACCACCAAUUAUUUUUGAGUCUGGUUACAACCUGCAUAAAGGGAAUUUCUUUCAAAAUAUUGGAACAAUAUUACUCUUUGCCAUAUUUGGCACUGUAAUAUCAGCUGUUAUUGUUGGAGGUGGCAUAUAUCUUUUGGGUAGAGCUCAGGUAGCUUACAAACUAGAAUUAGAAGAAAGUUUUGCUUUUGGAUCUCUAAUAUCUGCCGUUGAUCCAGUGGCUACUUUGGCUAUCUUUCAAGCUAUCGAUGUUGAUCCAGUUUUGUAUAUGUUGGUAUUUGGUGAAAGUAUUCUAAAUGAUGCAGUCGCCAUCGUUCUUACAAAUACGGUGCUCGGUUUAUCGGAAUUUAAAGAAAUGAGUCCAGCUGCUACAUUCUUCACGGCUGUAGGACACUUUUGCAUGAUGUUUUUCGCGUCUGCCGCAAUAGGCAUAGCUUUUGGAUUAAUAUCUGCUAUGUUGCUAAAAUUUAUCGACUUGAGAAAGACACCUUCAUUAGAAUUUGGUAUGAUGCUUGUCUUCUCUUAUGCUCCAUAUGGUCUCGCUGAAGGAAUACAUUUAUCAGGCAUAAUGGCAAUUCUAUUUUGUGGUGUUGUAAUGGCUCAUUACACGCAUUUUAACCUUUCUCCAGUCACUCAAAUAACUGUACAACAAACUUUUAGAACAAUCGCUUUCAUAGCAGAGACUUGUGUGUUUGCUUAUCUUGGGUUGGCCAUAUUUAGCUUUAAACACACUGUACAACCAGCCCUAGUCAUUUGGAGUAUAGCCCUAAUCUUACUUGGAAGAGCAUUCAAUAUAUUCCCGCUUUCCUUUUUGGCGAAUUACUUCAGAGAGCAUAAAAUAACAAAAAAGAUGCAGUUUAUUAUGUGGUUUAGUGGUUUACGAGGAGCCAUUGCCUUUGCUCUAUCCUUACAUAUGGAUAUUGGAAACGAAGAGAAACGUCAAGUUCUUGUAACCACCACACUUAUAAUUAUCCUAUUUACUGUACUUAUUCUAGGUGGGUCUACUAUGCCCAUUAUGAAGUGUCUAAAUGCUGAAAAGAGAAGGAGAGUCAGAAAAGGAAAAGAAGUUACUUUAUCUAAAACUAAAGAGAUGGGAGAAACUAUUGACUCUGAGCAUUUAUCAGAAAUAACGGAAUCAGAGGAUGUAGAAGUUCAUAUCACUCAACAAUCGACCCUUACUGGCUUUAUGAAAUUAGAUAAAAAAUACCUCCGCCCGUUUUUUACUAGGCGUUUAACCCAACAAGAGGUUAGAGAUGGGAGAACUCAAAUGAAUAAUUUGACAAAUCAGUGGUAUCAGGAAGUUCGUAAUGUACCUUCGGAAUCCGAAGAUGAACAAGAGGAAUUUGUUCAAACAAGAUAA